AUGGUAUCCCGCUCUGACGUCCGUCAUCACGGACGAAGGCUCAAUGUGGAUUAUCGGGGUUGCAAAGCAGUGCGCCGAGGACCUAUUCGCACAAAUCUACGGUCACAGCUCCAAGGCAAUCCCCCUACAGUUUUCGAUGGGGCCAACUUACCAAUCCCUUCCACUUGCUUCUUCAAACUGAAUGAAAGCUUUAAAGCAAAUUCUUCAGUGGGGCUUAAUUCUGCCCGUAGUAAGUACGUGCGCAGCAGUUGUGGCAGGAUUGGAUGUAAUCAACACUCAUGCAAGUCACCUACAAUGGACAUGCUGGCCCCUGUCGACUCUGGUACAAAUUCAGCUCCAUGUAACACUGUCUGCAUCUCUCCUACCACUAGUUCUGGUGCCAUCACCUAUGCGUCCAGUACAGACACACUAAUCCGUGCUCUGAUAAUAGGGUUAUGCGCUGUAUCGGCCGAUAGCCAAGUAAGCCAGAUCUGCUCAGCAGUCGCAAUGCAGCUGAUAACUCAGGAGAUUGCUUCGCUAACUCUUUUUCCUGCCAUGCUUCGAGCUACCAUCAUUAGCACGUCGAUACGCACUAGGUCGCUCAAUCAACUGCUAGAUUGGAGUACAUCACGGCAGUGCAAGUACCACGACGUUGGGAUCCUCAUCCUUCAUGAAGUUUAG